ACGUUUUCUCUUCUAAUGACGAAUCUGCCGCAGCCGACUGAGUUCCGUUCGUUUGGGCGGAUUUUGCCUCCUGGCUUUCUCCUCAGCCACCGGAAGUGGCUCGGCCGCCAUUUUGUCUUGGGCAAUGGCGACUUUGUGGGGGCCGAAGAGGAGCCGGACGGGGGAGAGGAGGCCGUGGCCGUGAGAGGAGUCAGGCAACCGGGCGAGCGAAUUAUCUCCUUUUCUUUUCGGGCGGGGACAAGCCAGGCUGUCUCGACGAUGUACGUGGGACGGGCGAGCGCGGCGGAGGGCGGCCCGGCGCCGCGGACGAUACUGUCUGUUGGCGCCGCCGCAGCGCAUCCUGUUGCGGCCGCGGGUCCGAGUGGCAGCGGCGGGAGCAGCAGCAGCAGCGACGGGGCAGGUGGAAGCGGCAGCAGCGGCGGCCGCGUGGAACUCCUUGUGUUCGGUUACGCGUGCAAGCUGUUCCGCGACGACGAGAAGGCGCUUCAGCAGGAGCAAGGCCGCCACCUCAUCCCUUGGAUGGGAGAGCCUUCCAUCAUGAUCGAUAGGUAUGAUGGGCGUGGUCACCUGCAUGACCUUUCUGAAUAUGAUGCUGAAUAUUCCACAUGGAACAGAGAUUACCAGUUAUCUGAAGAGGAGGCUAGAAUAGAAGCCCUCUGUGAUGAAGAGAGGUAUUUAGCCUUGCGUACGGACUUGCUUGAGGAGGAGGCAAGGCAAGAGGAAGAAUAUAAGAGGCUGAGCGAAGCUUUGGCAGAAGAUGGUACCUAUAAUGCAGUGGGAUUCACUUACAGCAGUGAUUAUUAUGAUCCUUCGGAGCCCACUGAGGAGGAAGAACAGCCUUCAAAAGCAAAAGGUGGUACAACCAAGACAGAAAAUGUAGAAGAAAAUGAAGAACCUUUUAUUGCCCCUUUGGGACUGAAUGUACCUUCUGACGUGGAGUUGCCACCAACAGCCAAAAUGCAUGCAAUCAUAGAACGGACUGCAAAUUUUGUCUGCAAACAAGGGGCCCAGUUUGAGAUUAUGCUGAAGGCAAAACAAGCUCGGAACUCUCAAUUUGACUUUCUGCGGUUUGACCACUACCUCAACCCUUACUACAAGUUUAUUCAGAAAGCUAUGAAGGAGGGGCGAUACGCUGCACCUUCGGAAAAGAAAAAAGAAGAGGAAAAAAAUGCAAAAGAUACUGGUGAUGAAGAUGAUGAUGAUGACGAUGAUGGAGAUAACUACCUGCAUCCAAGCCUCUUUGCCUCCAAAAAGUGCAGUAGACUUGAAGAGCUUAUGAAGCCGUUAAAGGUGGUGGAUCCUGAUCACCCGCUGGCAGCGCUUGUUCGCAAGGCUCAAGCAGAAAAUAAUUUGGCUGCCUCUCAACCUACUGAAGGAGGAACUGUUCAGUCGUCACAAGUAGAAUAUUCUUCUGAUUCAACCGUGGCAGCCAUGUAUUACAGUUACUACAUGCUGCCAGACGGAUCGUACUGCCUUGCCCCUCCGCCACCAGGAAUUGACAUGGCAACUUAUUACAACGCACUACCAGCAGGAGUGACCGUGUCUAGCACUACAGGAGUAGCCACAAUAACAGCACCUCCUCCGCCUCCUGGCACUACGCCACCACCAUCUUCAGAGGCGACAGACGACACUAGUGGAGUAAUACCUGCCACAACUAAUUCCACAAGCACGAUUCCUUCUGUGGUUGCCAUCAUUCCCCCACCCCCGGACAUCCAACCCGUGAUUGACAAGCUUGCUGAAUAUGUUGCUAGGAAUGGGAUUAAAUUUGAGACCAGUGUCCGUGCCAAGAAUGAUCCAAGGUUUGAGUUCCUGCAGCCUUGGCACCAGUACAAUGCCUACUAUGAAUUUAAGAAGCAAUUCUUUCUUCAGAAAGAGGCCAGUGACAGCUCAAAGCAGGUAGCAUCUUUAUCAGAGGAUGUCUCUGCUGAUACUGCUGACACUGUUGGUGGAGAAGCUGAGUUUCCCACUGACCAAACGUCUGAAGAUGUAGAAUCUACUGAUGAAGGAAAUAACAAAAAGGAUCCAAUCGCUAGUAAAAUUCUCAACGAUGGCAAACUAGUGAAAGCAUCCUUUGCGCCGAUAAGCUUUGCAAUCAGGGCCAAAGAAAACGAUAUGCUCCCUUUGGAGAAAAACCGUGUGAAGCUCGAUGAUGACAGUGACGAGGAGGGGGAGGAAGGCAAGGAAGGUCAAGAGAAUGCGAGUAGCACCUCAAACAGCCAUACAGCAUUUGCCAUGUCCAGUACUGCUGCUGAAGAGAAGAAGCCUCAGCUGACGCAGGAGGAACUGGAAGCCAAACAAGCAAAACAGAAACUAGAGGAUAGAUUAGCGGCUGCCGCAAGAGAAAAGCUGGCCCAAGCCUCCAAGGAAUCGAAAGAAAAGCAGCUUCAGGCAGAACGGAAAAGAAAAGCUGCCCUGUUCUUGCAGAACCUGAAGAAUCCCUUAGCAGACUCAGAAGUUGAGAAAAUGGAGGAACAUGCCUUUAAUAUAGAGACUGUCAGUAACAUGCCGUGUCCCCUGUUGACUGGCAUAAGGACGUUGCCAACCUUGGAAGUAAAGGCACCCGAAAGGCCUUCAAGCAAAGGCAGGGAUCUGCCCAGAGAAGAAGAGAGAGAGAAAAAGAAAAAGAAGCACAAGAAAAGAUCCCGCUCAAGAUCCCAGUCACCUCCUUCCAAGUAUCACUCGUCUUCUAAAUCCAGGUCUCGAACACAUUCGAAGGCCAAGCACUCGCUUCCCACUGCCUAUAGAACUGUCCGGCAUUCCAGACUCUCAGAAUCCACAGGGACAUUGAGCAUGGAGCCGUGGUUCAGCAGCCCAUCAGUAGGAGCAGCAGCAGAGUGCGGGGAUUCUCAGGCAGCCUCAACAGCGCAAAGAUAUGACUGCCGGAGCUCUUUAGAGGGAAAUCCUGGUAAAGCGUCAAGGUCUCGCUCAAGAUCACCAAGGAGAAGGGCACACACACCAGAAAGGCGUAGAGAAGAGAGGUGUGUUCCAACUGCUUAUCGUGUUAGCAACAGUCCAGGGAUGAGCAGGCGGCGCGCACACUCCAGAAGUCCUCAUGAAAAGAAGAAAAGGAGAUCUCACUCCCACACCAAGUCCAAAGCGAGGUCUCAUUCGCCAUCUGUCUCGCCAGGCAAACCAUCUGCGCAUAAGAACUCCACCCAUUCAGCCAGUGUCUCUCCUGUGGAGAGUAGGGGUUCCAGCCAAGAACGUUCCGGGGGAGUUUCUUUGGAAAAAGAUGGCCAGAUCUCUUCAGCAAUAGUGUCAUCAGUACAGAGUAAAAUAACUCAGGAUCUUAUGGCCAAGGUGAGGGCAAUGCUUGCAGCUUCCAAAAACAUCCCAACUAGUGCCUCCUGAGACCAGAAGGGGUUUAGAAGGCUAUGUACAGAUGGAGUCUUGGUUCCAGCAGUUCCCAACUUCCUUCUUCUCCAACAGCAGAUUUCAAGGAGUUUAAAUCCUUGUUAUGUAUAGCAAAGGAUCUCAUUGGAACUUCAAUGAUUUUUCCACAUGGAAACUUCCUUUUGAUAAAAAAUCGGCCUUUGGAGGGUUUUGUAAAUUAUGUUUUGACCAGUUCUUCAGUACGAAUUUUACCAUGCACAGUUGUCUGUAUAUAUGUAUAUACAAUGUUCCUGCGAGUGUUAAUGCAAAUAAAAAUGCAGAUAAACACUUUUUGUUA